UUAACCACUGACUCAUGACAGUUUCAGUUAGCAUUUGCAGUGUGUGGUCAGUGUUUCACUCUGGCUUUACAAUUCAUCGCUUCUCUACUGAGAGGAUGAAAAGUUUCAGAAUAUCCUUGAUUAACCUGCUUGGGUUGUACCUAAUAUUUUCUGAAGAUCACAGUGGAUGCUGCUUGGACACUGUUUGGCAGCCACCAAGACCGAACAUCAGUCCUCUGCAGGCUAUCAGUGACAAGCAAAGCCUCGUGGUGAGCUGGCUGGUAAACCACAGUGGCUUAGCAGGCAACAUUUAUGAGAUCCAGAUCAGCCGCACUGAAAACCACAUCAUUAUUUACAGUGCAAAUGUCAGCGUACCCUCUACAGAUACACAUCAAUAUACAUGGACUUGGACCUCUGACCUGCCUCUGGAGUGCGUGAAUCACUCGGUCAGGAUACGACAUUUCUACAAUCAGUCUUUCCUGAGUCCCUGGAGCGAGUGGGCAACUAACAAUGGAGCUGAGGCGAAGGAUAAGACCAAGCUGUUUCCAUUCCAGCAGGUGCUGAGAGAGGGCACCAGUGGCGUGUUCUGCUGUGUUCCCCCAGUAGGAGUCAAUAUCACCAACAUAACCCUCAGUAAAAAAAAAUACCCUAUUAUCAGCAUUGGAACCAGAGUCAAGGCCAUCGUUGUACCUAAUCUGACUAUCCCAAAAAAUCCCCGAAAAGCUCUGUUACUCACUUGCAGCGACACAUCUGGAAAAGGCGACAGUUACAUCUGGAACUAUGUCAGUUUUCCUCCCCAGAAGCCCAGACACCUCAGCUGUGUGACCUCAGACAUGACAACUGUCACCUGCACCUGGGAUCCAGGCAGAGCUCGUGACCUAUAUGAUCACAACAAGCAAACAUGCACUCUUCACAUAGAGAACUCAGACCAGGCACCCGUCACCUGUGGGCCAUCAUCCUGUACUUUCCAGGCCAUCCCAGAUUUGGAAGAGUACAACAUCAGUGUGGUGGUGAAGGACCAGCUGGGAGAGGAGACAGCAAGCUAUAGCUUCAAUAUCUCUGAAAGAGUGUCUCCUGUUACGGAAUGGGGAGGAGUGAGCCCUGGGAUGACAGACACCACUGUGUCCUGGAUCGUACAGGGAAACCUGACUCAGAUGAACCUCCUCUGUCAGGUCGCUGUAGACCCAGGCAGCACUACCGAGCUGAAUUGCAAGAGCGUGAGUGAUCCCUGCAAAGUCAAACUGCAACAUCUGCUACCCAGCACCCGCUACUCUACUAGGGUGCGCUGCUCUGUCAAUGGCAGGUUCUGGGGAAAAUGGACCAAGCCCAUACCCUUCACAACCUAUCCAUUUGUAACCUUAGACUUAUGGAGGAGAAUAAAGCAGAUGUCUGACCCCUACAGUCGUCAAGUUACACUAUUGUGGAAGCUGGAUGAUCUUGGCUCAGCAACUAUCCAAGGUUUCACAGUUCAGGGGUCGCAGGAAGGGCAAAACAGGACUGAGUUGAUACCUGCUUUAGACAGUGAACAGACCCAGGCAGAGGUCCCCAUUGGUCCGGGGCAGUAUGACUUCACUGUUGAGGCUAUCCUGCGCAAUGGCCCCUCCAUCCCUGCUCACAUCACCAUCCCAAAGUUGGACGAUACCAAGAACCUGCUAGUAGAGAAGCAGUUGAACAGCAGCUCAGCUGGUGGUUUCAAUCUCUCCUGGGCUGAAGAGGACACUGCUACUUGUGGCUUUACAGUGGAGUGGUGCGUCCUGGGAAAUGCAGUGCCUUGUACUCUGCAAUGGAUACAUUUGCCAGAGGGAAACAACACAUUAUUCCUCGCUGCUGGAAAUUUUGAAGCAGGUACCAGGUAUACAUUUAAUAUCUAUGGAUGCACAGAAAAUGGACACAGACUACUGGAGAUACAGACUGGAUACUCACGAGAGCUUAAAGCUGUUCAGUCCCCUAGUCUAGUUGAACCUGUUCAGAUUACUUCCUCAACUGUGACACUGGAAUGGCAUUACAAUGAGGCUGAUCCAUCUCAUCCGGCGUUCAUCACUGGUUACUUGGUUAUUGUACAGGAAUUUGGAGGUCAUACUGCAAGAAUGUUCAACGUGUCAGACCCUCAGAAGAAGUCUGUGACCAUAGAGGGUCUGAAGCAGAGCCAUAAGUAUGUUUUCUCUGUGAGCGCUCUCACAAAGAAAGGGCCUGGAGAACCAGCCAAAAUCAGAAUCACAACCAAAGCCAACUACACUGCUCACUUAGCCAAGAUACUGACUCCCAUCUUAUUACUGCUGGGCUGUACUGUUCUCCUUUGGCCUAGAAGAAAAACGCUGAGGAGAGGGCUGAAGAAGGUAUUUGCUUAUCCUGCUGGUAUGGACAUCAGAACUUCUGAGUUACACAGCUUCCUGCAAGAGACUGGUGAGAGGGUGCAGCCUCACAAGGUGGAGGAGUGCAUCAGCUGUGAAAUUGAGAUCCUAAAUACCCACACUCCUCCAAAUGAAUCAACCACAUGGAGAGAUCCUGAAUCCCUGAACAUGCCACCUUCUCCUUGUUCCAAGUUCUCUGCUCCAUCCUUGUCUCUAACCUCUGUUCCACUCCAAGACUACUGUCCACAGUCAGCCACGCUGCUCUUCGAGGGACCGGCCCCUCAGCAAAUGACAUGCAUCACAAACAAGAUUUACUUUAACUCCACAGUGGGGUAUUUAUCUCAGCCACAAGAGGUUGCAUUCAGUGAAAUCAAACCAAGCUUUGAACCCUCAGAUUGUCUGCAGGAAUCAUGUAGUGUUGUAUAUGGUUACAUCUCCAGUGAUACAAUGAAGAAUGAAGAAGAAGACAAAGCCAAAGACCUCAUUUAAUGCCUCAAUUUUAAUUGUUUGAAUACUGUACAUGAGAUGCUUUGUUCAUCUGGACAUGAAGUGUAUCCGCAGCUCUUUAUUGUACAUAAGAUUUUGUAUUUCUGCCACACUUUAACAUACUACAUACAUAUGUGAUAUGACUGAAAAAUGUAGUUUGCAAACGUAUUGUAACAUAUUGUAAAGAGAGCAGAAAACAAGGAGCAGGUAUUCUAAAAAAAAAAAAAAAGCAGCAUUUUAAACAACUCUGCUUUCUCUGCUGCAGUCGAGUCUAAAAAUGAAACUACAGGAGCUAUUGUAUGUGACAGUGUAUUCAGCAGCUUAAGGGAAACUCACAGCAAAGAUUUUGCUGAACUGUGAAGCAAUCAGAGAUCUUUAUCCACAGGAUGCAAAUGAUACCAGUGAUAAGGCAGCUGAACAUAUCAGGCGGAAGGAGAAGACUAGAGUAUGACAUGAGCUGAUUUUUUGUUCUGCAGUCAUGAUUCCCAUGUCCAGCAAAUAGCAUUUGUCAUAACUGAUGGAUGUAAUAUGAUGCAUAUAAAGCGUAAUAUUGCCCUGUUCAUUUCCGGGUGCCAAAGAAAUCAGAUUUUUUAAAUACAGAUCAUUGUUUUAGUAAUUUCAAAGGCAUUUGAGGAGGUGUGUGUGAUUGUUCUUGCAUCCAGGUUCAACACGGAACAAGUUUAUAGCAGGAAAUCUGUCACCUUGGUUUUUACUUUGGUGUUACUGUUUAUCAAAAAAUAACACAGCUGUGAGUGAGUGUGAUCUUGGUAUUACUCAAGGCAGAAAUCUGGGUUAGAAUAAAGACUAAUCUUGCUUAUUUCGACA